UUCGUUUCAAGUCAGUAAACGUUUGAUGCUGUCAAGGCGGAUUUGCUGUUCACUUAUCUUGCUGAAACGUAGACAAAAUGCGGACGGGGCUUCUUCACCUGCUGCUCCUGCUGAUCCCAGAUGGAGAAUGCGUCGCUGCGACCAACUUUACGACAGCGACAACGACAGUUGGGGAAAGUGUUUUUUUGAAAUGUCCCCGUGACAACAAGUUCCUUGGGAGUCUUCUUUGGAUCAGACUUGUUUCUGGAACCUUUCCUGAAUUUUUAUUUGGGACGCCAACUAUCAAUUCAGUCUCAAUUAAAAAUGGGACAUUUAGCAGUGCACACCGCAUCACAGCCAAACAAAUGCCAGGAGAGUUUGUUCUGCAAAUUCCUAAUGUGCAGAAAAGUGACACUGCGGUCUAUUACUGUUUGAAAGUGACUCAGCAUGAAUUGAUGUUUUUGAGUGGAACAUUUCUUCAGGUCAAAGACAAUUACAUGAACUCAGCUGCUGCCACUCAAGACUCGGGGUCUGAUGAGAGCCGCUCAGGACCGUCCGUGACUUUACGGUGCUCGGUCCUCCGCCCCUUUGGGAAUAAAACAUGUACAGACGAACACAAAGUAUACUGGUUCAGAUCUGGUACAGACGAGGCACAUCCCAGCUUCAUUUACGCUCAUGAAGAAUGUCAAAAGGUCAAAAAAGACUCGGUGCAGAAAUGCUUUUAUGCAUUCUCAAAAAACCUCAGCUCCUCUGAUGCCGGAACGUACUCCUGUGCCGUGGCCGCAUGUGGGGAGAUUUUUAUGGGACGCGCAAGAGAGUUCACCAAAAAAGAUCAAAAUGCGGAUGGGUGUGAUUUACUCCAGUAUCUUAUCUAUGUCUUGGGUGCAGCUUUGGCCCUGAGCGUCAUCUCUUUAGCCUUCCUCAUCAAAAAGAGCAUGACCCAAACAUGUUUUUGCUGCAGAGGUAAGAGAUUCUGCACAUUAAUAAUCAUCACUCAAGCUCAUCCGCAAGCCCAUGAAGAAACAUCCACUGGUGUCCAGCAGAGUGACGAGGACUCUUUGCUUUAUUCCAUGCCGAAAAUAAUCGCCAGGAAAAGUGGCAAAGGAGGCCAGAUGGAUGUGAGACGUCCGGACGAAUUCAGUACAUAUACCGACGUUUGUGUCGUUAGACGAAAUUUCAAUGAUCCCUCAUUUUGAAAAAGUUACUCAGGAAAAGAUGAUGAUCAAUUUUCUUUCACGAUAAUAUAAAAAUGUUGAGGUUGGAUUUGGAAGCGUCAUGUCGUAAAGCGUCAUCAUUUGCUCAUGUUUUACUUGAAAACCGCUGCAAAUAAAAUUGCAAUAUUUCUUUGUUUAUUUUAUUCUCGUGUGUCACAAGUCUUGAAAUAAAUAUUCGGCGUGGUC